CUCACAAAUUUCUACUCCCGCUGAGAAUGUCAUUUCAUUCCCGGGAGGAAGUUCCCAACCGUCAAGCCAGGUUCCUACCCCCAUCAUCACCAUUCCACCACCUAUCCCAUUCACUUCCCCCGUGAACCCUGUUCCCGUUUUUCCUUCAAAUUUCCCCGGACCCCUUGAUCCAAUGUACAGCCAGGCUCUUCAGAAUUUUGGACAUUUCAUGUCCAUGUUCAAGCAGCCGGGAGGGUUUUCACUUUUCAAUCCGGGAUUGUAUCCACAAUCCUCGCCUCAAACUAACGUCAUUCGCCCGAUCGUUCCGACAAACCUGAUCGGGGAGAUGGAUAAAGCUGGUCCAUCCCGGUCUAGAAGGAGCCGGCCCCGUAGGUCACAGACAAAGGUGACCUCGGACGGGGAUGUGCGUUCAGUGCACAGCAAAGAUGAGGAUUGGGACGUCCCCCAGGCGAUCAAGAAGUUGAAGGGAAAGGCAGUUCAGCCAGAAGGAUCUAGGAGGUCGGCCUUUCUGAGACUUGGCCAUGAUGGCCGAAAUCAGAACCAGUCAGCAAAAGAGCGGCUUGGGGUAGAGACCAUUCCAGCUAGUGCCUUUAAUCGUGCAAGGAGAGGAGCCGGACGACCUGGUCAGACCAGGCGAACGGAGCCAUCCCCACGCGAUGAGCCCCAGCACAGCCGGGCACCACGAGAGGAAGAAGCCAAAAGCCACCCCAGGCACACGACCCGUUCACACGUUGAGCAACCUCGGGAUCGUGUGGGCCGGGUCGAGGCACGUCUGGAGAAACUACAACGCCGGGUAGACCGAGAAGAAAAGAAGAAGGUUCUGCUGAACGAAUCUCCGUUCACAGACCGGGUUCAUGAAACACCAUUUCCAAAGAAGGCGAAACUUGAAGUCUCGAAGUUCACCGGGAAGGAGGACCCGGAAAUUCACGUCAAAACCCUCCAUCAAAGUGGGCGGAUGAUGGGUCUUUCCGGGGAUGAGAAAUGUUUGCUUUUCUUUCAGACCCUCCGCGGCCGAGCCGCCGAGUGGUUUCAUAACUUACCGGCCGGUGAAAUCGAUUCUUUCGAUGAACUGGCUGAGGUGUUUCAAGAAAAGUUCAAAGAAAACUGUACCAAGAGGAAAAAGUUUACCUACUUGAGUACAGCCGGGCAGCGAGAGCACGAGGAUCUGACAAAAUUCCUCACCCGGUGGAAGGAUGAGGUUGACAAGGUGGAGGAGAUGGACGACAAGACAGCAAUGUCCCUCCUUGUAUCCGGGCUCCGGUCCGGAGAACUAUACAAAGAAUUCUGCAGGAGGCCUCCCCAGUCCUAUCAAGAGGCCUAUAACACGGCCUGGGACUAUGCUGACGCUGAAGCCCAG